GACAGUCCGCAAUCAAUUGGCACUGUUCACCAUUCACAGGGGAUUAAACACUGACAUAGACUAUUCUACUUAUUGCUGAGAGGAAACAAAAAUACCAUUCGCGAAAUCUCAAUGUUACAGUUUUCGAAAAGAAAAGAAAAUGAUAACUGUAGGAUGACAGAGUUUCCUGGUGCGCUGCUUUUCCCGAACAUACCUUUCAGGUGGGUCACACUGGAUGGAGUGGCUCUUGUAACGUUCUCAAGAAUUAACUUUGGGCAUGACACAGUGGAGUGAUAUCACCUUUGCACAUAUGAACAUGAAAUGAUUUAAGCAUUUGGACCAAAUUGUUAAACAAAUUGUGAAGAAUUUGUCCAUGCUGUCGACGAAUUGAGCAAUUGGAUACGUGUGAAUGUAACUUUUACACUUCAUUGCAAUUGCCCACUAUGCAUCAGCUAUUUAUUGUUGUGCUAGGGCAGAGGGAUUUAUCUCGUGCAGGAGAUCUUUUCUCACUGGAAGAUACUGAAAUUGAAGAUUGUCUAUCAGAAGCUCUUCAGCAAAUAAAGGAAAUAUCUUCUUCACCAGACUAUCUGAGGAAUGUCAAUGAUCAGGCAGUGGUAGAAAUCUGCAUUACUCGAAUUACUACUGCCAUAAGGAAAACAAAAUCAAUUGAGAAGCAUGGGAAGGCUCUUGUAGCAUUGUGGGAAUCAUGCUUAGAACAUAAUCUGAAACCAGUCAGCAAGGAUGAAGAUACUCCGCAUGCUAAAAUUGUUUCUGAUAUAAUGAGUUGCAUCUUUCAACAGAAUUACAAUAAUCCAGCUGUAAUGGCUCUUGCUGUUCCAGUAGCAGUAAAGUUUCUGCAGAUGGACAACAAAGAACUCUCCCGAAACAUGUCAAACUACUUAGCACUUGCAACUAUUGGCAAACCAGAAAUCCUUGCAAAGCACACAGCGACCAUUGUAAACAAUAUACUUCAAGGGAAUUCUCUGUUGCUCCGUGUUUUACCUUCGGUGUAUGAGAAACAGCCUGAGCCAAUUAACAGCUACAUCACAGAGCUCGUCCAAUUGAUGCCACAACUGGAGCCAUCUGAGCAGCAGCACCUUCUCCGCCUUCUACAAAUAAUUACUAAGCAAUGUCCUCAGGUCUUAAAUGAAUCCAUUCCAACCUUGAUUACACAGCUGAAAGAACCUCUUUAUAGUGAAUACAUCAUAAAUAUGUUGGUGGACCUUGCGGCUUUCAAUCAAUCUAUCCUAGAUAAUUCCAUUGAAAAUCUGAAGGAAAUUGCUGAAAAUUACCCAAAUCUGUUGGGCCAAAUUGCCAAGAUUUUUGGGAUCAUCGGCUGUAUUAAUGAGGAAAAGGCGAGGAGCUGUCUGGUUUAUCUGGUGACCCAGCUGGCAAACAUGGAACACUGUUUUCAUCACAUACUGCUCCUGGAGAUUAAAAAGAUCACUGACACAUUUGGCAACAUUCUAGGUGCUCAGAGCAAAGACAUUUAUUGUAUGAGUAACAGUUUUACUGCAAUUGCCAAACUUCUGGUCAAACAUCUUGAGAAAGACAUUGCUGCAUCAGAGAGAACAGAAACUAAUACUGUGAAAGGAGCUGCUGCAGACUCCUACAAUAAUGAAGCUAUGAUCAGUGGAAAUCCAGGAGUUCAGACACUCCAGAUAAAGAGACGAGCAUUUGAGAGAAAGAUGACUAAUGAGGGCAAUAAUGCCAGCCGUGUUCGUCGGCACAGCUUAGGACAAGCAUCAAGAGAAGAAUGGAAAGCAAUGCGAUUUAACAGGUCAAAAAGCCUUGCUCUUCAUGUAAUGUAUACAAAGUCAAUAAGCUCUGAAAAUGAAGAAGGAGAGAACGGAAACAUUAAAACAGACAUCACAUUUUCAGACAGAUCACUCAGUGAAGGAAGUGUUAAACAACCUUUGAGUCCAGAACUUGACGAACAUCGGUUACUGCCUCUUUCUGACUUUGAUAUUACUCCAAAGGAAACAACAAAUUCCUGUGAUAUCAUCAAUGGUAACUGUCAGCAAAGGAAUACAGAAAUUCUAAAAUGUGGCAUGGAAGAACAGGAUCAACUCUAUAUGCAUUUGAAAGCAAGUAUUGACGAAGUGAAGGCAUUUUAUUCUGAAAUGGUAAAGAGGAUCCCUGUCCCAGAUCAAUGUAUUAUUGAAGAUUCCAUUCGGAGAUGUGUAGCUAAAUUGCUCUUCAGUUGCCCACAUAAAGGGUUUUACUGCCUAUACAGCAAAUCCAGUUUUACCCUCAAUAGUGAACAGCCCCAGCUCUGGAUCUACAUUAUGUUCCUAUUCCAACAGAGCUGUUCAGCAAAUCCUUUGUCCUCCCAGGACGAAUCAGUACAAAUUCUUAAAGCACUUUGGGAGAAGACACAGCUGAAGGGCACACACAGCUUUGAAACAGCAAUGAUUCAGACAAUUCAUUAUAAAAAGGAUCUGGACAGGUUGCAGAUGCAUCUUGAGGACGUAAGGUUUUUUGACUUGUUUGGUUAUAGUGAGGAAGCAGGAGUUUGGCAGUGCUUCAUGUGCAACAAUCCUGAAAAGGCAACAGUUGUAAACCAGGAUGGUCAACCACUCAUUGAAGGCAAGCUCAAAGAAAAACAAGUGAGAUGGAAAUCUAUAAAGAGAUGGAAGACACGUUAUUUCACACUGGCUGGGAAUCAGCUUCUAUUUUGCAAAGGAAAAUCAAAAGAUGAUCCAGAUGAAUGUCCAAUUGAACUCAGCAAGGUACAAAGUGUAAAGGUUAUCACUAAAAAGCGGAGAGACCGUAGCCUUCCUCGAGCCUUUGAAAUCUUCACAGACAACAAGACGUAUGUCUUCAAAGCAAAGGAUGAGAAGAAUGCCGAGGAGUGGUUACAGUGUAUCAAUGUUGCAGUGGCUCAGGCAAAACAAAGAGAAAGCAGAGAGGCAACAACAUACCUAUGAACAGAUCUGAGAUAAAUUGGACAGAGGAUGAGCUGGCAACAAAAUAACUAUCAAGAUGAAUUACUACUUCAGCCUUGCAGGCAUUUUUCGAUGUAGAACAUCUGAAUCUUAAAGUGAGAGAUAGCAUUAGCAUUAGCAUGGGACAAAACCUGGAACUGUGUUCUGUGUAAGUAAACUGUAAAACCAGUGACAUAGGAUCUGUCCAAUCAGCAUUACCAUUUGAAAUGUCAAAGAAAAAGUCUGAAAAAUGCUGUCAUGAUUUAAGUAAAUAGAAAAACAGGAGUUAAAGCGCAUGCCUUUACAAAGGUUUGACUUUUUGUGAUUACUGAACACAAAAUGUGCACACAACACUACAGAAACAUAGAAACUAGGAGCAAGGGUAGACCAUUUGGCCUUACAAGCCUCCUCCACCAUUCAAUAUAACCAUGGCUGAUCAUCUAACUCA